AUGUCUAGGUCUCGUGUGGAAAAGGCUCGCUCAUCGGAGAUUGCACCUGCCGACGACUUCCCUGAAGGCGGCUAUGGCUGGAUAUGCGUGCUGUGCAUCUUCCUCAUCAACGCUCAUACCUGGGGGAUCAAUAGUGCCUACGGAGUCAUCCUGGCCUUCUACCUCUCCUCCGACCAAUUCCCAGGCACACCAGCCAUCGUCUACGCCCUCGUCAGCGGCCUCAGCAUCUCCUGCGCCCUCCUGAUAGCCCCCCUAAUCACCUCCCUCCCCCCAUGGAUCCCCACCCGCGUCUUCAUCGUCCUCGGCGUCAUCCUCUCAACCGCCUCCAUGGUCUCCGCCUCCUUCGUCACAGCCAGCUGGCAGCUCUUCCUCAGCCAGGGCAUCUGCUUCGGCUUCGGCAUGUCCUGCCUCUUCAUCACCACCGUCGGCAUCCCAAACCAAUGGUUCAGCAAACGCCGCGGCAUCGCAAACGGCAUUGUCGCGGCUGGCUCGGGAACCGGAGGCCUCAUCUACUCCCUCGCAACAAACCGCAUGAUCCAGACCCUGGGAUUCCGCUGGGCGUUUCGCGUCCUCGGGAUCGUCUCCUUCGCUGUGAAUCUCGUCUGUGGGAUGCUCGUGCGCGAGCGGAAAGUCUCGCGGAAGAAACGCAUCCAGAUUCGUCUCUCUCUCCUUCGUGAACCGAGAUACCUCCUCUUCCUUGCUUGGGGGUCCCUGAGUGUCCUCGGGUAUAUAUCACUCCUGUUUAGUCUGGCUAGCUACGCCAGAGCUAUCGGGCUAUCCUCCGAUACAGGGAGUCUCGCCAGUGCACUACUCAAUCUCGGCCAAGCGCUCGGCCGGCCUCUAGUCGGCGCGUUGAGUGACCGAUUCGGCCGCAUCCGUGUCCCCGCGGUAGCGACUGCACUGUGCGGCUUGUUUUGCAUGGUAUUCUGGCCGCUCACCACGCAGAAGGGUUCCCUCUUCGCGUUCUCGAUUCUAGCGGGUAUGGAAGCUGGGACGAUCUGGGCUGCUGCGCCGGCGAUAGCGGCUGAGCUUGUUGCGUUGCAGGAGGUGGGUGGUGCGUUGGCGAUCUUCUGGCUUGUUUGUGUACCGCCCGGGACGGUGGCGGAGGUUAUUGCGUUGGAGUUGAGGAAUCCGAGUAGCAUCCAAGGGCCGUACUUCCCUGUUCAGAUGUUUACGGGGGCGGUUUACUUGGUAGCGGGGGGUGCGCUGGCGGUUCUUGUUUUGAGGGGUCAGCGCGGUAGUACAGUGCAUACAAUCUAG